UGUACCAGUGAUCGGCGAUCACCACGAGAGAACCCAGCCAGGAAGAACACAUUGAUCCGGUACAACGCUUGAAGGAGAAAUGAAAGUCAACCAUCUCUUCGGUCUCUUGCCAACCCUUCUCCAAGGCUUGAUCUCCCUCGAAUCCCGGGUCUCUGCCGACAAGAUCCUGAUCGUCAUCGAGGAUGGUGUGGAGCGAUCGAAUUACCAGCUGCUCUGGUCCUCCUUAAAUGCCCGGAACCACCAGCUAUCAUUUCGAGCCGCCAAGGAUGCCACGCCGGCUUUGGCUGAGUUUGGCGAACCUGCAUUCGAUCACUUGAUUCUCUUUUCACCGACAGCGAAAUCCUUUCCAGCCGAUCUUUCACCACAAGCUCUGGUUCAGUUUCUCGAAGAUGGGGGCAACAUUCUCCUGGCGGGAUCGACGAAUUUAUCGGAGUAUUGGCGAGACUUUGGACGAGAGUUUGACGUGGACUUUGAUGAUCGAGCGAGCUCGGUGAUCGAUAACUUCCAUCAUCUUGACCAAGAUCCGUUGACAACCUAUACCUCGAUCGAGACCAACCCGUUAAUUGAAGACCAGAUAGUCAUUCCUCCCUCACUAAGAAGCAACAAUCUGCCGGUCUUGUUCCGCGGGAUCGGUCAUGCGGUCGGCAAGAAUCCCUUACUGAUGAGCGUCCUCAGGGCUAGCCCUCUGGCGUAUAGUGCCGAGGCAAAAAGUAAAGAAAGCGACCCCAACCCGUUCAUCAUUGGCGACGAAAUCGGGCUGGUCAGCGCCUUUCAAACCAAAAAGCAAUCCAGAAUACUCUUCGUCGGCAGUCUAGACUUCUUCUCAGAUCAAUUUAUGACGACUGAGCUUACACUCCCUGAUGGCAAAAAGACCUCGACAGGAAAUCGUAAGGUGGUCGAUCAUCUCACAAAAUGGGUAAUGCAAGAAUCAGGGGUACUCCGGAUUGUAUCAGUCACACAUUCCAAAGUGGGUGGAGAACCAGAACCACCCCGAUACCGAGUCAAUGAGCAGAUUGAGUACAAGGUGGAUGUCCAGAUGUUACAGAACGGAAGAUGGGGUCCAUGUCCCCUGAAAGACCUCCAACUAGAGUUCACCAUGCUCGAUCCGCAUCUGCGAGUGACUCUGACGCCAACUAAAUCGCCCAAAGGGACCCACACGACCUAUUCAACUGUAUUUCGAGCCCCAGAUCGACACGGAGUGUUUACCUUCAAACUCGACUACCGUCGGAGAACUGGAUACACUCAUUUAGAGAAAGGCAUUCAAGUCUCAGUCACCCCUCUCGAACACGAUCAGUAUGAACGAUUUAUCUUUGGUGCUUAUCCUUAUUACCUCGGCACGCUUAGUGUCUUGGCUAGCUUCCUCCUUUUCUCUUUUGUUUGGUUAACUCAUUUCCCUGGUACGACUGCUCAUAAAAAAACCAAAUGAUCAUUUUUCAUCGCUUUCAUUAUUUUUUUUCUUGUAACCUGUUGUUACUUUGGAGGGAGGCGGGGAAGUCCCCUUCCUUCGAAGAUUUUCUUCUCGCAAACAAAACACUAAAAGAAAAGUGAACUUGACACUCCAUUGGGCACCUACACAACCUUGUUUGCGGGGUGAUCUAGACCAUUCAACCAGCUGGAAACACAUCCAGU